UCCAUCACAAAGAAUAUGCUGGGAGCCAAUGCAAAUAUGUUGACAUUGGUAAUGAGCUCUAAAAUAGACAUUUUUAAUUGUUUAUGUUCUUGUGCAACUCUAUGUUAGCUGCAAACACAAAAUAAAGAGCUCUAUAUUGUCUGUCUACUAAUCCUUUUCAUGCAACUUAUUAUCAUCAUGGGAUUUCUUUUGCCUGAGGUGGACAUUGAUGGCAUUAAGGAAGUGUUUGUAGACAUAACAAUGAGUUUUAUGAACUCUAAGUAGUACCCUUGUGCAAAUCUCUCCUAGAUGUAAUAAAAAAUAAUACACUCAUCUUUUGACGUAGAUUUAUAUAUUUUUUAAAAUACUCCUACUGCAUGUUUAUUGGUGUAAUAACCCACUUGGGAUGUUGGUUAAACACACAAAAAGUUUCUAGAUCUCUUACCUCUGGCUUGUGGCUUAUAAACUUUAAUUUACUCAUGUUCUCCCAUCAUCCUACAGGGACAAUUACAUCCAUAAACUGACAGAAAGUGCAGUCAAUUGCUUUACUUCAAAAAGGGUUAAUGCAAUUCAAAGGAAUGAAACAAUCAAAGGAGUCUUUCUCAACGAGUGGUAGGGAAGCUGAACAAGAUACGAAUAUUGACGUCAUCAUUAGGUCAUUUGAGUCACGUGACAGUCCCAUGAUUCGCAAGAUCUUUACGCAAAGCAUGGGAGAAAUGCGAGGACCCUUUGUUCGUGACGUCAUGUACCAAGCGGCUUUUUAUGGAUUAUUUUUAUCGUUCCCUGUAGCACUUUUAAACCUCAUUUGGUCGCCUUGGUGUUUAUCAAUUUACCUUUUAGUUUUAUUUGUUUUAUUGGUUGCCUUGUUCACUGGACUGCACAUUGGGUUUUCAAGGUACAUUCGAAGCUGCUUACGCAACGAUCUAGAUAACGUAGAGAAUGUCUAUUUAGGCCAGAAAAGGUCCCAUAUGUGGGUGGCUGAACUUAACAACAAAAUCAUCGGCAUGGUCGCCCUUGUUCCCGGCAGUGAGCACGAAGUUUGUUUCGGAAAGCCUCGGGACACCGUCGGGCGACUUCGGAGAAUGGCUGUUUCACCCGAAUUUCGUCGACUUGGUGUUGCUAAGAAAUUGUUACAUGUACUAUUAAGUUUUGCAAAGGAGAUAGGAUAUAAACAAAUAGUUCUUUUGACAACCAGCGCUCAGGAGGCUGCGCUUAAAUUUUACCCAAAGAAUGGAUUUUACUUGGUGUCUAAAAGGCUAGCUAAUGUAGCCCUUAGGGGAUUUUAUCACUAUGAUUACUGUUACGAUCUAGAUAAAGCUAGAUAAAAGCCAUAUGUAUAUGUGUUAA